UGGAUGCGAGUUUCGCGUUGGCCGCAUCUUUCUCUUCAAAAGUUUGCAAACAUAAAAGUGAAAAUUUUCCUUCUCUUGAAGCUCGUAACUCGAAUAUCCAUUAACUAACAUAUUAAACAUACCAUGGCGGAUGUGUUGGAUAUCUACAACCACGAGGAAUUCGAGGUGGAUGAGGACGGUGAUCAGGGAAUCGCUCGGCUCAAAGAAAAGGCACGGAAACGAAAGGGACGCGGCUUUGGGAACGAAAGCAUACCCCGGGAAGCGAUCGAUUACGAACGGCUGCAGGAUGAUGAGGACGAAACCGAACCCGGUCCACAGCGUUCCGUCGAAGGGUGGAUCCUGUUCGUGACCUCCAUCCACGAGGAAGCUCAAGAAGAUGACAUCCAGGAGAAGUUUUGCGAAUUUGGAGACAUCAAAAACAUCCACUUGAAUCUGGAUCGCCGGACGGGGUUUCUCAAGGGAUACGCUCUGGUCGAGUACGAAACAUACAAACAGGCGCUCGCAGCCAAGGAAGCCCUGAACGGGUCAGAUAUACUCGGACAAACCAUCGCCGUGGAUUGGUGCUUCGUAAAGGGACCCAAGAAGCUGAAGAAAUCCGGGGAGCGUAGACGGAGAUAGAACUAAGGAUUUUUUUCAAUAUUUCAACGUAAUGCAGAGGCAUUUCAACAAAGCACUUGAUAACCAAAAUUUGGUUUAUUUAUCAUUUAACGCAUUAACCGAGAGAUUCACGUAAAAUAAACAACAUGUAUUAAAAGCAACAAUUACC